AUCACACUACAUUAUGCAAAACAGGAUUUGCAGAGUAGGACCAGUUUGAAAAUUUUCUCUCAAAUCCAAACAAAGGAAUCAUAUACAAAUGAUGAAGUAGAAACAGAAAACUAUCGCCGUUUUAGUUUUCAUUUAAUUGGUGUGAACGCUUUGAAAGCUGAAGAAACCGUUGUUGCAGAGAAACAACACCCGGGGGAAGAGAGCAAAAUAAAAUGAAAAAAAAAUUUCAUGACCAAAGCAUUUCUUGAUCUUCCCUAAUUUUACAUUUUGCUCCCCCAAAGACCUUCCUUUUCUCUCUGGUAAGUCUUUGUUUUCCUUUUUUUUUGUGGUUUUUUUUGGUGUGCGACAUAAGUUGAAACCAUGUUUGGAGAGAAAGAUCUCUCUGCUGAUCUCCUUAUUGAUGGGGAGAACUCUGUAAGUAACAAGCUCUCACAUGGCCGGAGCAUACUUUUAGAGCAAAGUAAAGGGAUCCCACAUGAGAAAAUUGGUUUGACUCAAAAGGGCGGUCAUGAUUUUUUUAAAGAAUCAAAUAUUAAUGUUGAUGGAUUUUCUUCUAAGCUUUCGAAUUCGGCCUCUCAAGAGCUCACUCUUAGAUAUCUUUGUGAAAAUUCUAAACUGGGUGAGAAACUGUUGAUGGAAAAAUCUGGUUCACACAAAGGGAAAGAGGUUGUUUUUGUUGAGAAUUCAAAUCAAGAUGACAAAUUUGUGGAGAGAGAUUUCUUAAAUUUGAAUGAAAUUAGAGUGAAUUUUUCUUGUUCUAAAAGGGAAAUAGAAGAAGAGGAGGAAGACUUAGAGGGUGAGAGUAAUACUAAUAAUAGAGAGAAGAAACCAAACCUAGAGACUCUUAAUUUGUCUCUGUCUUUGCCUGAUGUAUCUCUUUCUUUAACUGCAUCAAAUGCUUUGCAAAAGCCUGCUAGGAGUUUACAAUCUUUGGCACCAUCAAGAGAUAACCACACACAAACCACUUGUUCAAAUGAUAUUACUGCUGCUUCUCUUUCGCAUUCAUGUUCCCAUCCGUUUUCUCACAAUCCUAGUUGUUCAUUGACACAUAAUUCGACCGAGAAUUACGAGUAUUCAGUAGGAAGAGAUGAUCAAAUUUGGUGUGGUGGUGAGGGGACUAAUGGGUCAGUUCAUAGUCGUUUCAAGCCAAUUGGAGAUGGCCUUGUUACUUUGAACAAUCAUGGUGGUGGUGGCGGAGGAGGAGGAUUUUCUAUGAUGCAAGGUAGUCGUUUGAUGAAUAGGGAUUCUUGUAACAAUAGUCUUUAUAAGACUACAAGUUCGGAUAAUCUUUCAUUUUUCCCUUCUGAAUUGCCUGCAAGGCCAUGGAUGGAUACCAAUUCUGGGGAUUCAAGGAGGAAGGAUUCUGAGAAUUUGAGAGGCUUGGAUAAUACUGAUGGAGGUAAAGCACGGAAGGUUUCUAGACCUGAGAGAAUUCUUUGGGAGAUUGUAUCAGAAUCUAUUCCUGUCAUGGCUCAAAUAAUUCAGGAGCUUUCAGAGGAGACUCUUGAAUUGAUUAGAGGUUAUCUCAAAAAUCUGUUUGUGGCACCUGAGAAGAAAGAUGCGUUGGUAGGAUUGCAAAAACAACUAGAGAGAAGGCCUGAUCUUAACAAGGAGACACUGUCAAACUGCUGCAAGGAUCAAUUAGAAAUAUUGGUUGCAGUAAAAGUGGGGCUUGGGAGCUUUGUGUCUUCAGAAGUCCAGCUUCCUAUAAAUGAGCUGGUAGAGAUUUUCUUAUUAAUGAGGUGUAGGAAUGUAAAUUGCAAGAGCAUAUUACCUGUUGAUGAUUGUGACUGUAAAAUUUGCUCCACAAAUAAAGGAUUUUGCAGCUCAUGCAUGUGUCCGGUUUGUAUGAAUUUUGAUUGUGCUAACAAUACUUGCAGCUGGGUUGGCUGUGAUGUUUGUUCACAUUGGUGCCAUGCCGCUUGUGGUAUUAAGAGGAACCUAUUUAGGCCAGGCCCGAGCUUGAAGGGGCCCUCCGGAACUUCUGAAAUGCAGUUCCACUGUAUUGGGUGUGAUCAUGCCUCAGAGAUGUUUGGAUUUGUUAAAGAUGUGUUUUUAUUUUGUGCAAAGGAUUGGGGUCUAGACACCUUGGUCAAGGAGCUUGAUUGUGUAGGGAAAAUUUUUAAGGGAAGUGAUGAUUUUAAAGGCAAGGAGUUGCAUAUAAAGGCUAAUAAGUUUGUGUCCAAACUGGAAAACAAAAUGAUGUCUCCUUCAGAUGUUUGCAGCUCCAUUGUUCAAUUCUUCAAUCGUUCUGAUAAUAUGUCAGACUAUGCUGCCGCUGCUGCUUCCAGUACUUUGAAUGACUUGAUGGCAGCUCAAGCUAGCCUAAGAAAAGAUAGAACUCCAAUUCCACCAGCUACUUCUCUCCCCCCAAAAUAUACCAUGCAUAACAUAACUUCCUCAAGUGGGCGGCGGGAUUCAAAUGGUCUUUGUCAAAAAGACCUCAUGAGCGACCUCAAAAUUGAAGAUGAUUUUCAGUUUGGUAAGUUGUCAAAGAAUGAUGGCUUUGAUAGCCUGGAAAGCAUUGUUCGGAUUAAAGAAGUGGAAGCAAGAAUGUUUCAGAACAAGGCAGAUGAUGCACGGAGAGAGGCAGAGGAAUACAAACGGAUGAUUCAGAUCAAAUCUGAGAAAUUGGACAAAGAGUACGCUCAGAAGCUUGCAAAACUCUGUUUACAAGAGACUGAGGAAAGGCAGAGGAAGAAACUCGAUGAACUGAAGGUCUUGGAAGAUUCACAUUGUGAUUACUUCAAAAUGAAGAUGCGAAUGCAAGUCGAGAUUUCUGGUUUACUGGAGAGAAUGGAGGCCACAAAGCAACAGUGGGUUUAGUUUUAGCAUUUCAAGUUGUUAAUUAUUCUCUUUUGGUUACAAUUUCUGCUAUUGUUGUGUAAUUUAAUCUUGUUUUCACCCCCUCUUGCUUCUCUGAAUGGAAAAUGGAUGGCUGUUGGUCUUCUUUGUGAUAAAACAUACCUACUCAAAGGCGUAAACUGUUAAAUGUGUUGCUUGUUGCCAUCACCUUUAUAAUAGAUUCUCCAACUAGCCAUUUA